CUAACCCAUCCCCUUCAUCUCCCUUUCUUUGGUGUCUUUGGGUGCUUCUAAUUUCAAUUGAAAACCCCAAAGAACCAAGAUUCUGAUUAGGUUUUUAGUUAUUAAAUUCUGGGAAACACCAUUAAAUUAGGGAAAAGAUGCUUCCUAUUUAUGUUCAUGGCCUACAAUGAUUCUUGAUCACAUGAGUGAAGAUCAAGUCAGAGAUAAGGAAUAAAAAAGAAAGAUAAGUUUGAUUAGUGAACACUGUUAUUCUUUAAGAAAGAUGUGUAGGCUAGAGAGAAAUCCUAGAAACUCCAUAGCUUAGCUUGUUGGAACCCUACUCAAGAUUCAGUUUUUUUCAAGAAAAGAUCAUCAGAAUUCAAGGUUUUGAGGAAAAAGAUCAUCAGAAAUCAGGGUUUUCAAGAGUCUAAGAUUUGGGGUCUUUAGAGAUGGCAGGAGGGUGUAGUAUAGUGUGGUUUAGGAGAGAUCUGAGGGUGGAAGAUAACCCUGCUUUGGCUGCUGGUGUGAGAGCAGGUCAAGUGAUUGCAGUUUAUAUUUGGGCACCAGAAGAAGAAGGUCAUUAUUACCCUGGAAGGGUGUCAAGAUGGUGGUUAAAACAGAGUCUAGCUUUGUUGGAUUCAUCUUUGAAAAACCUUGGAACUUCUCUUGUAACCAAGAGAUCUACUGAUAGUGUUUCUUCACUUCUUGAGGUUAUCAAAUCAACUGGUGCUACUCAGCUUUUUUUCAAUCACUUAUAUGAUCCUUUGUCUCUCGUUAGGGAUCACCGAAUGAAGGAGGUUUUAACCAGUAAUGGCAUAGCAGUGCGUUCCUUCAAUGCAGAUUUGCUAUACGAACCAUGGGAAGUUCUUGAUGAUGAAGGCCGCCCGUUCAAUACAUUUACAGAAUUUUGGGACCGGUGUCUUAGCAUGCCAUAUGAUCCUGAGUCUCCACAACUCCCACCGAAGAAGAUAAUCUCAGGCGACUUAUCAAAAUGCCGUUCAGAAACACUGGUUUUUGAGGACGAAUCGGAGAAAGGAAGCAACGCCCUUCUUGCUCGGGCAUGGUCACCUGGUUGGAGCAAUGCCGACAAGGCACUAGCGGCAUUCAUUAGCGGGCCAUUACUAGAAUACGCCAAGAACCGUAGAAAAGCCGAUAGCGCAACAACCUCCUUCCUAUCUCCACACCUUCAUUUUGGAGAAGUUAGCGUACGAAAAGUCUUCCAUUUGGUACGAAUCAAACAAGUCCUCUGGGCCAACGAAGGAAACACAGCUGGUGAAGAGAGCGUAAAUCUGUUCCUAAAAUCCAUUGGUCUUCGGGAAUAUUCAAGGUACAUGAGUUUUAACCAUCCGUAUAGUCAUGAAAGGCCUCUUUUGGGGCAUUUGAAGUUCUUCCCAUGGAUAGUAGACGAGGGUUAUUUUAAGGCUUGGAGACAAGGUCGAACAGGCUAUCCGUUGGUCGAUGCCGGCAUGAGAGAAUUGUGGGCCACUGGGUGGCUGCACGAUAGGAUAAGAGUCGUGGUAUCGAGUUUCUUUGUGAAGGUUUUACAGUUACCAUGGAGAUGGGGCAUGAAAUAUUUCUGGGAUACGCUGUUGGAUGCCGAUCUUGAGAGUGAUGCUUUAGGCUGGCAAUAUAUCUCGGGUACUUUGCCUGAUGGCCGUGAGUUUGAUCGUAUCGAUAAUCCUCAGUUUGAAGGCUAUAAAUUCGACCCAAAUGGAGAAUACGUUAGGAGGUGGCUUCCUGAGCUUGCUAGACUACCAACCGAAUGGAUCCACCACCCAUGGGAUGCACCAGAAUACGUACUUCAAGCUGCUGGUAUCGAGCUCGGUUCCAACUACCCUCUCCCAAUCGUCAAAAUGGAUGCGGCAAAAGCACGAUUACAAGAAGCGCUUGCGCAAAUGUGGCAGCACGAAGCGGCUUCUAGAGCCAUUCUCGAAAAUGGAAUAGAAGAAGGGCGUGGAGACUCAUCUGACGAUGCUCCAAUAGCUUUCCCUCAAGAUAUGGAGAUGGAAAUGGACGAAAAUACCCUCAGGACCAAUCCUACGACCACCACGAUCCGCCAUUACGAAGAUCAAAUGGUUCCUAGUAUGACAACAUCGUUGUUAAGGGGAGGCGGAGAAGAAUCGUCUUCGGAUCUUGCAAAUCUAGCGGAAGAUAGCAGGGCUGAGGUUCCAACUAAUCAGGGUGUAGAUAAUGCUCAAACGGCAAGAACGGAUGAUAUGCAGCCACAGAUGGAUAUCACACGAGCGUUGAGAAAUGGCGAUGAUUUGGCGGUUGAAUCCUCUAACAGUUCUGGUUCAAGUUCGAGGGAAAGAGACGGGGGUGUCGUGCCGGUGUGGUCACCUUCAUCUUCUAGUUUCACAGAGAAUUUUGUCGGUGAAGAUAGUUCUUAUUUGCAAAGGCAUCCGCAAUCACACCAAUUAAUCAACUGGAGGCGGCUUUCCCAAACCGGGUGAUCUGUGUCGUGAAUGCGAGAGGGUAGCCGCCGUGUGGGAUAAUCUCGGCUCUCCGUUUUCCAAUCCGACUUCAUCUAACGGUGGACAAACUUGGGGCAGCAAUUUCAGAUUUGAAAUCCGAAAGAUAAAGCUUCUAUCCUUCUUUUAGGUCUCUGUUGUGCCGUAUUUCCGCUUAUUCUGUAUAGUAACUGUUAGUGAUAUAGUCUAUAUACUUACAUGCAUAUACGUAUAUAUUAUAUAUAUGUAUAUGUAUGCAUGUAUGUAUGUAUUUAUGUUCAUUAUCAUCUUUUAGGGUUUUGUAUUUCAGCUCAUUGACCAAUCUUGUACGCUAUAUAU